ACACCCAACAAUUUCUCUAUAUAUACACAGCAAGGUUUCACAAACUUCACACAAAUUAAACAACAUAUACCAUAGUACUUAUCACAUAACUUUGAUAACCAAUUUUCAACCACCUUCCUCAACUUGACUCUGUUUCCUCUGCUUCUUAGGUUCCUCUGUUUUUUAGCUGAAGAAAAGUUAAAAUUCUAGUUUGUAUUUUAUCAUUUUCAUUCAUUGAUCGAAGAUGGCCAUAAAGACAAUUGAAUUAUUGAAAGGGUGUGAAUCCCAAGAAGAAAUAAUGGAAGUGAUUGCUUCUGUGGCUUCUGAUUUGGGUGAUGUAAUCGAUGAUGUGAACACCUUGCAAGUGAUUCCAUUGAAAGGUGCAAUGACCAAUGAAGUUUUUCAGAUAAAUUGGCCUACAGAAAAUGGUGCUGAUCUCAGAAAGGUUUUGGUUCGAUUAUAUGGAGAAGGUGUUGAAGUUUUCUUCAAUAGGGAUGAAGAAAUUCGAACCUUUGAGUGUAUCUCAAAGCAUGGUCAAGGUCCACGCCUUCUUGCUCGAUUUACAACUGGUCGUGUUGAGGAGUUUAUUCAUGCCAGAACUCUCUCGGCUUCCGAUCUCCGUGACCUCGAAAUAUCUGCUUUGAUAGCAUUUAAGAUGAGAGAAUUCCAUAAGCUUCAUAUGCCUGGUACAAAGAAGGCUCAUAUUUGGCAGAGAAUGAGGAAAUGGCUUGGUGAAGCCAAAAGUUUGUGCUCCCCAAAGGAAACAAAAAAAUUUGGGUUGGACAAUCUAGAUGAGGAAAUAAAUAUCUUGGAGAAGGAGUCAUGUGAAGGAUAUCAAGAGAUUGGUUUUUGUCACAACGACUUGCAAUAUGGUAACAUUAUGAUGGAUGAAGAAGCUAGAUCAAUCACUCUAAUUGACUACGAAUAUGCGAGUUACAAUCCUAUCGCGUAUGACCUAGCAAAUCAUUUCUGUGAAAUGGCAGCAGAUUACCAUACUGAUACACCUCAUGUACUUGACUACAGCAAAUAUCCUGAACUAGAGGAGCGUCAAAGGUUUAUUCGCGCCUAUCUGAGUUCUGAAGGCAAGAAACCCAGCAAUGCUAAGGUGAACCAGUUGGUGAAUGCUGUAGAAAAAUACACUCUUGCAAACCAUCUAUUUUGGGGCUUAUGGGGACUUAUUUCGAGCUAUGUGAAUAAAAUUGACUUUGAUUACAAAGAAUAUGCAAGACAAAGGUUUCAGCAGUACUGGUUAAGGAAACCUACUUUAUUGGACUCACCAACCAUUGUUUCACAAAAUGAAACUGUGAAUGGUUCACUGCCACUAGCAUCCUUUGUGUGAUUUCUAAUUUGCUAUGCUAGCUAGCUUCUCAUGUAUUAAUGAAGUUAGUCUUAGUUUUUAUGUAUUUAUUUUUUAUAAUAACAUCUUAAGGCAUGAUAUAUUCAGCAUCUGUAUAUGUAAAUAAUAUAUUGUCACUAACAAUGUGCAAUGAGUUUCUGAUUUUAACUUCAAUUUGGUUAUCAACCCCUCACUUUUGGGGUUUGAUGAAAAUGAGAAUGAGUGUUUAUGUUUUUUGAUUGCAA